AUGCUUGCUUUUACUCCAUUCCUUGUCCCUAUUUGUCUUGUAUUUGGAUUACUAUGCCUGCGAGGGAUCUACUACAGGCUCACCAACCCAGUAGCUCAUCUACCAGGUCCCGAAGUCUCAAAAUGGACUGAUCUGGUCUACCUGUACUAUUGGUUUUCUGGAAAAGUCCCAUACUAUGUUCACAACCUCCACGAGAGAUAUGGUCCUGUUGUUCGCACAAGCACAUCGCAGGUAGAUAUCUGCGAUGUGGACGCAGCACGAGAAAUCCACAAAACCAACACGCGGUUCAUGAAAUCCCAAUUUUAUGAGUUCCUAGUUGCAAAAGGCUUCCAAAGUAUGUUCAACACAGCAGAUCCAAAGUUCCAUUCUGUUCGACGCCGUCUCCUGGCCACACCAAUUUCCGACUCUUCUCUUAGUAAGAUGGAGCCCUUGGUAUCCAGUCGAGUCCAUCUAGCCGUGGAUAAGAUAUCCGAAGAGAUGGAAUCUCGGGGGGCUGCGGAUGUUUUCAAAUGGUGGCUAUUUAUGGCUUCAGAUAUUAUCGGUGAACUGAGCUUCGGCGAGUCCUUCCGAAUGCUGGAGAGUGGAGAGAAAAACCAAUAUACCAAAGAUCUGGAAGCGAUAUCAGGUCUCCAACCUAUUCGAACCACAUUCCCUAACAUGGUAGCCAUCGCGCGUUACCUUCCUCUGCCAAUUUUCAGACAAGCCGGAGCAACUGCCAACAGAAUGGUCACAUACGCAAUGCAAUCAAUCGACCGAUACGCAAAAUAUCUUGAAGAGAACCCGGAGAAUCCGAGACAGACCCUCUUCACAAAAGCGCUCGACGAGAAAAGUGGCAUGUCCCGACAAGACAUUAGACAGGAAGCGCAGGGAUACAUCGUUGCCGGUAGUGACACCACAGCUGUAACACUGACAUACCUUGUGUACUCUGUUUGUCAAGAUCCCCGCAUUCAACAGUGUCUCACAGCUGAGUUGGCGACUCUCACGGAACCUAUCUCGGAUAAAAUCCUCCGCGAUCUGCCAUACUUGAAUAAUCUUAUUAAUGAGACGCUACGAUUACAUACUGCUGUGCCUUUUGGGUUACCGCGUGCGGUGCCCAUUGGAGGGGCGACUCUCAAGGAUACUUUUAUUCCUGGUGGAACAGUUGUGUCGACACAGUCGUACAGUCUUCAUCGGGAUCCGAGUAUCUUUCCCGAUCCUAACCGAUUUUACCCUGAAAGAUGGGAGAAUCCGACUAAGGAUAUGAAGGAUGCUUCUCUUCCUUUUGGUGGAGGAUCGCGCAUUUGUAUUGGUAUUCAUUUAGCUCGCAUGGAGCUCCGGUUGGCGACAGCUCUCUUUUUCAGAAGGUUCCCGAAGGCUUUUGUGUCUUCGAAUGAGGGUAUGUGUGAUGAUGAUAUGAUAAUGAAGGCAUUCUUCUUGUCAGCUCCCAAGGGACAUCGAUGCCUGAUCCAGGUUUAA